AUGACUGCCAUCGGAGUUCCUAUCAAGAUUUUGCAUGAAGCCGAGGGCCACAUUAUUACCCUAGAAACUGCAACGGGUAAGUUUUCCCUUUGAAGCGUCGUUGCGCUACUGGCUUAUGAAUUAUUAUAUAUUGUAUUGUUUUAGGUGAGGUAUAUCGAGGAAAGUUGGUUGAGGCUGAAGACAACAUGAACUGUCAAAUGACUGAUAUUACCGUUACCCUCAGAGAUGGAAGGUCUCAAACUUUGGAUAACGCCAUGAUUCGUGGAUCUCAAGUGAGUGCCUGAUUGUUUUUUUUUCAUUCUUUAGACUUCUUAUGCUUUCUACAGUAUGAGAAUAAUGUAUAUUUUUCGUGGACCAAGAUGUUCUUAUCGUUAGAAUUGCGGGCUUGUAAUAUAGGCUGAAAAAAAAUUCUUCUAUAGAAUUUCUAUAGUAUUGUGGAAAGCCUUGGAAUAUUCGAUUAGGGACAACAUUUCGGUUUAUGGGCUUAAAAUGAAAUAAGUUUAUCCUUAAAUUCUUCAGAUUCGCUUUGUUAUUCUCCCGGAUAUGUUGAAGAACGCUCCGAUGUUCAAGAAUAUCGGUCGAGCACAAAAAGGAGCUAUUGGAAUGGGUCAAGGAGGGAUUCAACCACCAACUCGAGGUCGUGGCGGUGCCUUCAGAGCUCGAGGCGGCCGAGGAGGGGGCGGUCCCCCACGUGGAGGUCCAAUGAGAGGUGGCUUCCGGGCCUAG